GGAGCGCGUCACCGACUGCGCGCGCUCUGCAUUCGUGACGCGCAUUCUGCGGGAGUGUCGCGUCUUUGCAGGUGAUGCGAGAUUUCUUCCCCUCCGCAUACAAAAGAUUGGCAGUGAUACUAUCGCUUUCUCUGACAUAUGCUCGGGCAGACUGCUCAAACGCGACACCGAGGCGAACGGCAGCUGCUAUGGAGACCGAGCGCGCACCAGUGCCUGUGAGGACGGUAAACACGCGCGGGUGUGCCUCGAUGUGUCUUCUCGAUCUGUAGUUCAAAAGCGACCGUGGCUUUCUCUUUCUGAAGGAUGGGCUACUCAGAUCCGACAUAUAGUAGAGAUCUGCUAGGAAACAGAUCCCUCUGUUUUAUUUUCAUAUGUGCUUUUGGACUGGUCACCUUAUUGCAGCAAAUCCUCUAUGGCAAGAACUACAUUAAAAGUGGGCAACAGUUUUCCCGCCUCAAAGGAGAGGAGGUGGGCAACUGGAGCGGGCUCAUUAGUUACCCCGAUGAUGGAGGGAUGAAGCCGGCCAGAAAUGGGAGGAAAAGAUGUGUCCGUCAGAGUUUUCAGCACUCUGAGGCUCAGAUCUCCGUAGUUUUCACGCCCUGCCUAGCUGAUUUGCAGAAGAAAAAAAAAGAAAAGAAAAGGUAUCUGGAACGCUCCGAUGGCUCUUUGGAGUUCAACUCCACUUCCUGCAAGGAACUACGGCAAGAAAUCACAGAUGUGAAAGUACUGACCAUGGUGAAGACAUCAGAGCUGUUUGAGCGAUGGAGGAACCUGCAGGCGUGUAAGUGGGAGCAAAACAAAGAAGAGUCGGAUCAUUUCAAAAUGUCUCUGUCCCGUUGCUGCAAUGCCCCCUCCUUCCUGUUUACCACGAAGAGAAACACUCCCUCGGGCACUAAACUGCGUUACGAGGUGGAUACCAGUGGAAUCUUGCACAUCAGCCCGGAGAUUUUUAAAAUGCUCCCUGAUGACAUGCCCUAUUCCAAAUCCCAGUUUAAGAAAUGUGCUGUCAUCGGGAACGGCGGCAUCAUCAAAAGCAGCAAGUGUGGACGAGAGAUUGAUGCUGCUGACUUUGUCUUCCGAUGUAAUAUUCCUCCCAUCUCAGAUGUUUACAGUCAAGAUGUGGGAUCUAAGACUGAUCUUGUAACAAUAAAUCCCAGCAUCAUAACUGAGAGGUUUCAAAAGUUGGAGAAAUGGAGGAAGCCAUUUUACGACGUUCUCCGGAAUUACGAGAACUCUUCGGUGGUUUUGCCGGCGUUUUACAACACGCGGAACACCGACGUGUCAUUCCGUGUGAAGUACAUGCUGGACGACUUCCAGUCCACCCGCGGCGUGUUCUUCUUCCACCCGCAGUACCUGCUGAACGUGCAGCGCUUCUGGGGCGUGCAGGGCGUACGAGCCAAGCGCCUGAGCAGCGGCCUGAUGCUCGUCACCGCGGCCAUGGAGUUAUGCGAAGAAGUUCACCUCUACGGCUUCUGGGCGUUUCCUAUGAACCCCUCCGGGAUCUUCAUAACACACCAUUACUAUGACAACGUCAAGCCCCGCCCCGGGUUCCACGCCAUGCCGAACGAGAUUUUCAACUUCAUGCACAUGCACGCUCGCGGCAUCUUGCACGUGCACACGGGGCCCUGCAGGUGAAGAGGAUGAGGGUCGGUGCGAUCUGAUUGGUUCGUUUUGCAGAGCUCCUCCCGUUUACUGGCGCUACGGAACUUCGACUUACGCAUGUGUACUUGCGUGUGUGCAAAUCGCUGCCUUAAAGGCCAGCCGUUUUAUUACGUGUUUUUACAAAAUCAUGUCGGGACGGUUGCAAAGUGGUUCGUGUUUCCUGUUCGGUGGUUUUCUGUAGUUGUGUCGUAUUUGUGAGCAGAUAUCAUGUUCUUAACUUCGUGAGGAGACUUCAUGCGCCAAACACAAUUGAGAAUGAGGAGUCACGUGCCUUGGGCGGGGUCUGAGCCGGUCGGCCAUGAUGGUAGGUGACGCUAUCGGUUACCAGGGUUUUUAUCGGUUUUUAACGCAGCAGUUACUUCCAGGCAUGGUAAAACAGUGCGGUAUUGCGAGAAACUCCUUUACUACCGAGCUAAAAACACACGUAAUCAAUACUGUUUCGUCGUGGGAAUCCUACCAACAUGGCGGAAAGGGGAGGGGCACUGUAAAAUGACGUCAACUCCUCAUUCUCAAUAGCGACAAAUGAUGUAAAACAGAACAUUUUAUUUCUACGGUAGCCCUGCCCACUCUGGAAUCUCAUUGGUCCAAAAUCCCAGUCCACUCAGUUGUAUAUUAAACAUAAGAUAUAUUCAAAUUGGCUGAGAUCGUGGCACGUUUUACCGGUUUAAGGCACAUUGAGCCCUUUAUAACAAUAGCACUGUUUUAAGAGCAAGUUUAACAUUCAUUAAUAACCACGUCAGUGCAGAAAGUUUGGCAUGAAGUUGAACAUUUCAGCUGAAACUUUUAUGUAUAAUGGUGAAUGCUUGUACAUGUUUAACGCAUAGGUUCUGAAGAUGUAUGAUAAUUUACAAAUGAAGUAACACUUUGUGUAAUCAAAUCCAACACAGUUGUUUAUGUUGAGGAAUGUUUUAUAGUCCGUUGGUUCCCUCUCUCUCUCUCACGAUCAGUGAUUGAGGUUUUAGCGUCUUUUAAAUCGACUGAUCUUGUUCAUAAUGCUGAACUUUAUAUACUUUGUUUCUUUCAUAUAUGAUAUUGUGAUAACAGUGUGACCUUAUCACUUUACCAAGAAAUCAACUUUUUAAUAUUUGCGAUUUGAGAUUUUGUUUUUCAUGAAAUUUGAAGACAUCUUAAAGACAUAUUUAUCUAUCUAUCUAUGUGGUGAUAGAUAGAUAGAUAAAUAUGUCUUUAAGAAGUUCUUAAACUGCACAAUAUUAUUCUGUUAUUACUUUUUAUGCAUUUUUUUCAUAUUUAUCAUGCAUUGUUUUUUUGUUUUUUUUUGUCAGUUAACCUAUUAUUGUUUUGGUAACACAUGUACAGUUGUUUGUCAAGCCAAUAAAGUACACAGAUCUGCUUCUCUUUAAA